AUGUUUAAUUCACAUGUAUUGGAUGUUCCAGCUGUGAUAUUUGACAAUGGUUCAGGUCUCUGCAAAGUAGGUCUGGCAGGGGAAAUUGGACCCCGUUCUGUCAUUGACUCUGUUGUGGGGCACUCUAAAUGCAACAUACCAUCAGUAAGAGGUAAUCAAAAUUGGUACUAUGUAGGAGAAGAAGCCCAGACCAAAUAUGAUAGCUUAUAUUUGUACUAUCCCAUUCAGCGUGGGCUGAUAACAAGGUGGGAUGACAUGGAAAAACUCUGGCAUCAUCUUUUUGAGUUAGAAGUAGGAGUCAAACCCAGUGAGCAGCCAGUGUUCAUGACUGAGACUUCCUUGAACCCAAGAGACAUUCGUGAGAACACUGCAGAAAUCAUGUUUGAAAAGUUCAGUGUGCCUGCACUAUAUCUGUCCAACCAUGCAGUGGGAGCACUCUAUGCCUAUGGGUAUGUCACAGGCCUGGUGGUGGACAGUGGGGAUGGGGUCACCUGUACUGUCCCCAUUUAUGAAGGUUAUUCCCUGCCACAUGCCAUCACCAAGCUCUAUGUGGCAGGGAGGGACAUCACCGAACACCUUAUCCAGGUUCUCCUUGGCACAGGUUGUAACUUCCCAUGCAUAUACAAUAAGGCUGUGAUGGAUGACCUGAAAGAAAAUCUGUGCUUUGUCAACUUGGAGCCAGACGAAGUGUCAUGGAAGAGGACCCAUGACAACCAGAGACAAUACAAACUUCCAGAUGGGAAUGUCAUCCACAUUGGGGAGAAUUUGUGCCAGGUUCCAGAGGUUAUUUUUGAACCCGACUAGCUAGGAAUAGAUGAUCCCGGACUAUCCAAAAUGGUCUGCAACAGCAUCUUGAAGUGUGACACCUCCAUACAGAAGAAGCUUUUUUCAGGGAUUGUGUUGUGUGGAGGCAAUACUCUCUUCCCUGGCCUGGAUGAAAGACUCAAAAAGGAGCUGGAACCACUGACAUCCAUAGAAAACCCCAUCAAGAUCACAGCUUCUCCUGAUAGAUGUUUUUCUACAUGGAUUGGUGCAUCAGUUAUGGCCUGUUUGAGCUCUUUCAAGCAGAUGUGGGUCACCUCUGCAGAUUUCAAGGAGUUUGGGAAAUUUGUAGUUGAGAGAAAAUGCUUUUAA